UGUGAGGGCCGGCGCUUGGUGCUGCGGCCGUGGAUCUGGCUCCGGCUUAGCUCGGGCCUGGUGCACGGGUAUUCACCCUCUGAUUCGUGCAGUUAUCGUCACUGUCCUCCCACGAGCCUCCGGGAGGCCUUGGGGCCCUGAACGCCCAAGUGUGGGCCUGUCCGCAGGUUCGGAGAGGGCCAUGGAGGUGCGGCCGCCGGCGCCACGGUGCCUCUUCUGUAGGGCGCUGGGUCCUUUCCCUCGGGUCUUUGCUGCGGGAGCUGUGGCUGCCGAUUCGGAGGCCCUUGCGGAAGACCAGAAGCUGCGUUCCUACGUCCCAGAACCCCGUUACCCGGAAUCUGGAUGGGACCGCCUCCGGGAGCUGUUUGUGAAAGAUGAACACCAGAGAACUUCAAAGGAACUUGAGAAUAUUUAUCAAGCAGCAGUUUCAGCAGGCAUCAUUGGCUGGGUAUAUGGGGGAAUACCAGCUUUUAUUCAUGCUAAACAGCGCUACAUUGAGCAGAGCCAAGCAGAAAUUUAUCAUAACCGGUUUGAUGCUGUGCAAUCUGCACAUCGUGCUGCCCUGCGAGGCUUCAUCCGGUAUGGCUGGCGCUGGAGUUGGAGAACUACAGUGUUUGUGACUAUAUUCAACACAGUGAACACUGGUCUAAGUGUCUACCGAAAUAAAAAUGCCCUAAGCCAUUUUGUCAUUGCAGGAGCUGUCACAGGAAGUCUUUUUAGAAUAAACUUAGGCCUGCAUGGUCUGGUGGCUGGUGGCAUCAUUGGAGCCUUGCUAGGCACUCCUAUAGGAAGCCUGAUGAUGGCACUUCAGAAGUACUAUGGUGAGACCGUUCAGGAGAGAAAACAGAAGGAUCGAAAAGCACUCCAUGAGCUGAAAGUGGAAGAAUGGAAAGCCAGACUACAAUUUACUGAGCUCCUCCCUGAAGAGAUUGAAAGCAGCUUACAGAAAAAUCAAUCCAAGGAUGAUGCUAAGAAAAUUGAAGCACUGCUAAAUCUUCCUAGAAACCCUCCAUCAACAGAGAAACAAGACAAGGACUGAAAACCUUCUGGACUUGAAACUCAUUGGAGAGUUGAAGGAGCUAUGUUGCCAUGUCCACUGAACGCCAGUGGUCAGGCUCCUCUUUGGUCAACCUGCUGACAAGUGUUAGCGCUGGCACCUGUGGUGGCAGUAACUUGCUCUUAUCUGUUUUUACCAAGGAUUGGGCUAGUGUACUCUUACUUUACUUAUCCUUAAAUUUAAAUACAUAUCAAUAUCUAUAUUGAUUGGUCUAUAUAUUUGACAUUGUAUCUGUAUUGAUUGAUCAAUAUAUAGUUGUUCUCCCUGGAUUUUACAACAGUAAAUUAAGAAUUUCCCAAAAGAUUAAAGUGGAAUUCUACA